UACUUGUAGUCUGUCUGACAGUUUUCAAAAUCCAUCCAAUUGAGUAAUGAAAAGAUUCGAUUAUACAGCAAAAUUUUCAUAACAUAUUUUACUAAAUGUUUGACUAAUGAUAAUGUGUGCAAGUCUUUCAUUUCCUGCUAACGUAACAGCAUUUUGCUUGUUCUGAGAAGGUCCGAUGUCUUGACCUUGAUGAGGCGGCGCUACAAGGUCAGAAGGAAGUGUCCUGGAGAUCUCUGGAGGUUGCCGGAGCGCCCCCUGUUGUCCUGAGCCCGAAUUGCCCCAGCGUGAAGUUUGGAGACUUCAUCAUUUUCCUGAAUGGGCACAGAGAGAGGAUGUACCCCUGGGAUGACCAGUAUAAAGCUUCUGUCUUCAUCCUGGACAUGACUGACUCAGACAAGCCAAGAUGGUGCCAUCCUAAGACGUCCGGUGACAUCCCCCGUAACUUUGAGGCAGUUUUCCUGUUGGACGAGUCAGCCAACAAGGCUUACACCUACCGCUGGAGUACCGGUCCCACCCGCCAGGGGCGCAUCUGGACACUCGAUCUAAAGACCUUCACAUGGAGUAAAACUAAAACAUCUGGUGAUGAACCUGCACCAAGAUAUGCUGUCAGCAUCUGUGAACUGGAUGGAAAAAUGUUCUACAUGUUUGGAAACACCAAGCAGAUGCAGAAUGACUUCUACACCCUGGAUCUGAGCACUGGUAAGGUAGGAAUACUAGAUAUAGACCUCUGUGGCCCCAGCAUCCCCAGGAUGUUUGAUGUGGAGGGACAUGACGCCCACUAG